AUGCUCUCAGCCGCUCGCGCGGCGGCCGAUUUGCUGCUGCCAGAGCUGGGCCGCGGGCUGAGCACCGGCGUGGCGCUGUACGCGGCCAACCAGGGGCACGCGCAGUGCCCCGCGUGCUCGUGCGCGCCGCAGUUCCACUGCCCGGAGCUGCGGUGCGACUGCUCAGGCCUCCAGGGCUCGAGCAGCCACGGGCCCAGCCUGUGGGCCGUGGCGCUGGCCUGCGCCGCCAGCGGGCUGGUCGGGGCCUUCACCGCCGCGCUGGCCUUCUGGCGCGCGGGCGGCACUGCAGCAGUGAUGGCGGCGCCGGCGCCGCCGGUGCACCCGUCAGUGGCCGCGGCAGGUGUUCAGCCCGGCGACUUCAUUGGGGUGCAGUACCACGUCGCGGGCGGGGCCCUGGUCCACGAACGCGUUGUGGUGCUCGUGCCGCCAGGGCUUCCUGGCGCGGCUUGCAUCAUCACGCGCGAUGCGGACGAGUACGAGGAGCUGUACGUGGGCUCGCCGGACGUGCUGCGGUGGGACAUCUUCCUUGGCGGCGCGGCGGGGGGCACGAUGGCGUGGGCGCCUGGCGCCCGCUUCUACAGGUUCCGCAGCCUGCCGACGCCGGCCACGCUGCUCACCGCCGCGGCCGCAGCCGCCGGCCGUCUCGGCCUUGCCGCCCCGCCUGGGCCUAUCGUGGCCAACGCAGGUGGGCGGCCGCUGGCGGCGCCGGCGGCGGCGGCCGUGGGUGCGCUGCUGCCUGCCGCUGCAGCCCCGGCCGCCGCCCCCGCUGCGGGCGUCGCCGGGCUGGUGGCCGCGCUGGGGGGCCCCGCGGGAGCGCCCGGAGCCCUUGUGCCCCUCGGGCCUGGCGGUGCGGCUGCCCCGGCCCCGGCGCCCGCGCCGGCGCCCGCGCCGGCGCUUCCCGGCGCUGCUGCCCACGCUGCUCCGCCUGGCGCACAGUCGGACGCCCGUGUGCUGCCUGUGGCGUACAACGCCCUCGGCCAGAGGAAGCUGGGCUUCUCGGAGGCUGUGCUGCGCCUCGUGGAGCAUGACUGGCCGGACUGGCCCAUCUCGGGGCCGAGGACGACGCUGUGGGUGUGCCUGUUCAUGAAGGACAACGGCAUGUCGCCGCUGGGCCGCCACAGCAAGUGGCGGUCGGAGGGCCGCCUGGCGCUGACGGACGCGGGGGUGGCGGAGCACGAGCGCUGCUGCUUCUACUUGGAGCAGAUGGUGUGCUACGAUUUGCUCAAUGUGCCGGACGUGGCUGCUGCGGAGAUGGUGUGCAGGAGCAUCCAGGUGCAGGAGGAAAGGUGGCGGGAUCGGUUCAUCACCAAUGCCGACGAGUCUCUCGACUCCCACCUCUUUUACGGCACCUCGGCCAACCGGGGCAACGUGUGUGUUCACCCCCAGCUGUUGGCGUACGUCAGCGGUGAGCUUUCCAAGGAGUACGCCGUGGCCAAGGAGAGGCGCAAGGCUCGGGAGGAGCGCCAGACCGCCAGGGCGCCCAACAACAAGAAGGGCGGCAAGGACAAGGACAAGCGGCUCCGCCGCUCCGACGUGCUGCUCCACUGGGCCGACCAGGGCAUCGACGCGCUCAACUGUCUGUAUGGCCAUGCUGGUGCACCUCCGUCGGCGCCCGCGAACCUGGGACAGCAGACUAGCCUUGACUUUCUGGAGGACUGCUACCUGGGGAUGGGCGCGAUGCCGAGCGAGCCAGGUUUUUGUGAAGAAGCCCUCCGCGAGCUUCUCAGUGGCUCCACCGUCUACUCCGAAGACGGUGGCGCACGGGUCCCGUACUCGAAGGAGCUGGUCUCCUGGCCUGAGGUGGGUUCCAGCCCCGUCGACCUUGUGGGCUGCCUCACUCAGGAUGAUGCUGAUUGGGCACGGGAUUGGCGACAUAAUUUGCUCAAGACGCCCGACGAGGCGCUGCUCGGGGCCCGACAAGCUUGCCCUCGCGGACCUUUCGUUGACCCUCGGUUGGCGCGGGAUCCAGUUUUGUAUGGUGAUUUUGUUCGGCGGCUUCAUCAAUGUGGUAUGCUGCGCUUCAAGGCGGCGCCCACUACCAAGCACAUGAUUGGUGUAUUUUUUGCGAGGAAGAAGUCCGGCAAGCUUCGCAUAGUGUUCGACACGAGGUACGCCAACGCCUACUUCCACCCGGCGCCGGCGACACGGCUGCCUACGGCGGCCGCGGUGUCCUCGGUGGAGUCGGGCGGCAUGCCCCUCUGCGUGGCGGCCGGCGACCUCGACAAUGCCUUCUACCGUCUCAGGCCGAUGUCCGGCUUAGAGGACUACUUCACGCUGCCCCCGCUUUCCUCAACCCUAGCGGGCAUCACGGAGCUGGAGGGGGUCAGCAUUCCGGCAGGGACCAGCUUGGCUCCCUGCCUUACCAUCCUGCCCAUGGGGUGGUCGUGGGCGAUGCACUUCUGCCAGGCUGUGACCAUGCGCGCCAUUUCUCAGGCGGGCUUCGCGGACUCGCAGAUUGUGGAGGACGGUCGUUCCAGCGUGGCCCUGCCCGCUCGCUCAGACACGGCGGCGGCGGGCUACGUGGACAACUUCUACGUCUUCGGCCACGACGCCUCGCUGGUCACUCAGCGCCGGGACGACGUGUCGGCAGUCUUGCGCGGGUGGGGCUUGACCGUCCAUGAGGAGACGGACGCCUCCCCCGACGCCGUGCUGGUGGGCCUGGAGCUCCGGCAGGGCCGCUGGCUGUCCAUCAAGCGCCGCAACCUGCGGCGGCUCCGUGCGGCGCUGGAUACCGUGCUGCGCCGGGGCUGCUGCUCCAGCAAGAUGCUUGAGGUGCUGGUGGGCCACAUCACUUGGGCCUGCUUGAUCCGCCGUGAGCUGCUGUGCGUGCUGUGCUCCGUGUACCCGUACAUAGCGGCCGGCCUGCCGACGACCUCGCGGCUGUGGCCCUCCGUGCGCCAGGAGCUGUGGCUCGUCCGCUCGCUGCUCCCGCUCCUACAGAAGGACCUGAGCAGCCCGUGGCACGACGUAGUCGGAGUGAGCGACGCCUCCGAGUUCGGAGUCGGCGUCGCCGCGCGGCCGGCGCGGCCUGACGCUGCGGCGCAGCACGGCCGCCAGUGCGAGAGGUGGCGCUACCGAGUGCACGGUGCCGAGAAGGCCCGCGAGAGAGCCCUCCGCCCUCAGCCUCUACCAUCCUCCGCAUACGACACAGCUUCGCUGCCUGCCGGACUGCAAGGCCUGGACGUCUUGGGGCUGGAAUCCUUCAUCCGGGUGCGCCCGAGGGAGUUCAUGGAGGUGCCCAAGGAGUUCUUCGACGGGGCUCGCUGGGCUCCUGUUAUCGCCUCAAGGGUCGUCGUGCCCGACAACAUUCUGGCUCUGGAGGGGGACGCGUGCGUCUUGGGCAUCAAGCACAUCAUGAGGCUGACGGGCCGACACCUGCAGGAGCCGACCUCGAUGGCGGGUGCCUCGGCCUCUCGCCGCCAGGCGGAUCGCCACCGCAGAGCCGCGGCGGCUCGCCAGGUGGCGUCCGAGCGGGGGCCUGCGGGCGGCCUCUCGUUGCUGGAGCGCACGGCGGUCAGGCCGGGCACGGAGCGCCUGUACCGGGUAUACCUCCGGGCCUUUCUGCAGUUCUGCCUGGUCAUGACCAUCGACUGGACGACCGGGUUCGAGGUGGACGUCGCCCUGGUCACGUACCUGAAUUCGAUGUGCGUCGAGGGCCGCGCCCCGAACGAGGGCCCCCUGCUGCUGGCGUCGCUGGCACACUACACGCCGGCGCUGCACAAAAGGACGGCUCUGGCCUUGCCGAGGGCCUCGCGCUGUCUGGCGGGCUGGCGCCGGCGCGCCCCGACCAGGAUGCGCCUGCCGCGGCCUCGCCGGGCCGCCUUCGCCAUCGCCGGGACGCUGGCGGCCUGGGGCCAGCCGCGCAUGGGGCUCUUCGUGAUCGCGGGCGACGGACCCUGGUGGGACUUCCUGCCUACGUCGAUUGCUCGGCUCUUCGAGGAUGCGUGCCACGCCCUGGGCCUGAUGCACUUGCAGCCGCAUCUGUACUCUCUGCGUCACCAGGGCGCCAGCGAGGACCUGCUGUCGGGCGCCAUGACGCCGGAACAGGUCAUGCGGCGGGGUCGCUGGGCCACAGUGGCCUCGCUCCGCCGCUGCAGCAAGGAGACCCGCCUCCUCCGGGAGGCCGCCAAGGUGGACCCCGACGUGCUGCUGUUCGGCGUGAUCGUGGAGCGCAACUUCCUGGACGCGUUGCGGGGCGGCCCCCUGCUGCCGCUGGUGCGGGCCGAGCUGCCCGCGAGCGCGG